CCCCCCCCCUAUAUUAACCUUUAUAUUUGCGCUUUUUAUAUCACCGUAAAUUUUGAUUUUUCAUGAGAGCCGCAUUUGAACAAAAAUAAUUAUUUGUUUAGUUAUAUUAUUGAAAUAGUGCUGGGAAUAUCUGGCGAACAUGGCAGGUCCAGGAUUAUAUGGGGGAGAUGAAAUAGGAGCCUUGGUUUUUGACCCCGGUCAUAAUUCAUUCCGGGUUGGAUAUGCUCAGGAAGAUACCCCAAAAGCUGAUAUUCCAUCAGUGGUUGGUGUGGCCCCAGAUGAUAGUCCUAAACUCGAACCAGAAUCUAAACCUGAUGAUAGCAACAUUUCAUCUAAAAAGAACAAAUACUAUGUUGACACAACUUUUCUACAUGUGCCUCAGCCCAAUAUGGAACUGCAUAGUUUCAUGAAAGAAGGAAUGAUUGAGAAUUGGGAUAUGUUUGAAAAAGUGCUAGAUUAUUCAUAUGAUAAGGUCAUCCAAUCUGUAUCGCAAUAUCAUCCAGUCAUAUUCUCUGAGUCUCCAUGGAAUGUAAGAGCCAAACGGGAAAAAUUGACUGAAAUCAUGUUUGAAAAAUACAAAGUACCUGCUUUUUUCCUUGUUAAAAAUGCAGCUUUAGCAGCAUUUGGAAAUGGAAGAUCUACUGCUUUAGUAAUAGACAGUGGUGCCACUCAUACCUCGGCUGUACCUGUUUUGGAUGGUUAUGUUAUAACAAACGCAGUGGUAAAAUCACCACUUGGAGGGGACUAUUUGAUUUUGAGGGCAAGGGAAAUGUUAGAACAAAUGGGUAUAGAUUUGACACCGGCCACUAUGAUAGUAGCAAAAGAUGUUGUUAGGGAGAAGGACAAGCCUAGAUACACAAGAAGGAAGCUCAAUUUCCAAGUGUCUAAUUCAUGGAUGUCAUACAUGGUAAAACGGACAGUUGUAGAUUAUCAACAGACAGUACUCCAGGUUUCUGAAGGUCCAUAUGAUGAAAGAAUUUUGUCGAAUAUUCCAGCAGUUCACUAUGAGUUCCCCAGUGGAUAUCAUCAAGAUUUUAACAAUGAACGCUUUAAAAUUGCAGAAGGAUUGUUUGACCAUGCCAUGUUAGGAGCAGGAAAUAUAGCUGCUACAAGUGUCGGUAUGUGUGAUGUGGACAUAAGGCCUGCCUUAUACAAUUCCGUUGUUUUAACAGGAGGAAACUCAUUGCUUCAGGGAUUCACUGAUCGCCUCAGCCGAGACCUGCAAUCAAGAAUCCCUGGCUCCAUGAGACUAAAAAUGAUCUCAGCCAAUGGAACAAUAGAAAGGCGAUUUGGCGCAUGGCUGGGUGGAUCAAUUCUAGCAUCAAUAGGUGCAUUCCAACAAAUGUGGGUCUCUAUGCAGGAAUAUGAGGAAGCAGGCAAGGCACUGAUUGACAGGAAAUGUCCUUAAGGCGGCGUGUUUUUGAAAACAAUAAUUGGUGAUUGAUAAUUGUCUUCAGCCCUUAGUUUCUUAGUUUUAUUAUAAAUUCAAAUCUCAGAAUAGACCAAUAUGUAUACAUAUACAUAGGUAGGUACGUAUACCUACAUGAUUGGAAUUUUUUUUUUCACUUUAUAAUAGACAAACAAGUAUUUUAUUGUUUAGUGCCUACUAUACUUUUUUAUAUAAUUAAAUGAAAUUUAGUUAAGGUAAAUCUAAUUUAAGUUUGAAUAAAUGUAUUUUUUCAGGCGUAUCCAAUAGGUAUUGACUAAAUAUUUUUAUAUGAAACUUCUAUCGUAUUAUUUACUAAAAUAUCCUGUUGAACUAAUAUUUCUGCAUGAAUCCGGAAUACUGAGAACUACAUGUGCAGACAAAAUUUGAUGAAACUGAAGGCUGGUCUUGAAC